AUGGACGACUCCGAUAAACCAACAGAGGUCUGUUUUACCAGAGCACCCGCUGGCACCCUGAGGUGUGAGAUGGCCGACGCCCUAAGCUGCUUCAUGGUGAACGGCCUGGAGGAGCUCAUCAGCAGAGUGAUUUGGAUAAAUACUAAAGACACACACAGCUUUCACUUCCCCAUAACCCUGGCUGUGCCUUUUUAUGUGCACCAUCGCAGCAGCCACAGAGAGGUUGCUGUAAAGAUGGUGGAUAAGGAGAAGAGAGUCCAGCCAGUGGAUGCCAUCCUCCUGGCUGCCAUUAAGUCCAGGAAUGAUGCAUAUGAGUUGGUGGUCUCUGUCAGCCCUCUGCUCCACCUCACCCACCCUAAAACGCAGCCACUUAGGAGACCCCUCACAAUCAUCCUUCCAUGUCCACCAAAUCCUGAGAAAAAAGAGGAAACAAGAAGAAAAGAAAACCAGGAACCACAGGGCUGGGUUCCUAGUCAUUUUCUGUCUCAUUUAGACAAAGUAAGAAUCUUAAGAGCCUAUGUCAAAACUAAUGAGAGGACCAGGGAGUUUUUGACUGUUCUUGGCUCAAGAGACAAAGAGUGGAGUGUUUUAGAUAAGACUGUUGUCAGAAACCAGCAGGAUGGACUGGUGUCCUUUAUUCUAUAUGAAAGCUUUGACAGACUGCUAGUAUUUCGUCUCCUCUCACCGCUGCAGCCUUGUCACCUGACUGCACUGGCCGAGGAGCUGGAGUCUGCAGCCCGCCUCCAUUCUGUGACCAUUGUCCUCCGGUGUGGACGGGAUGACCCUCACAGUGUCCUCCUGGCUGCGCUGCCCAGCAGAGACCUGAGCUGGGAGCUGAGCAGACUGCGAGCUCAGGGCUGGGAUGGCCUCAUUGAGACUUCCUCAGAAGUACUCCUGUGUGAAGGAGAUCAGCUUCUCCUGCAUUUUAGUGGCAACAUCACAUCUGCAGCUUCGACACAGACUAACCCAAGUGAGGACCCACAUGAGCGGCUGACCUUUCACUAUCAGCGAAGGAAUGAGCUAUUUGUGCGUCUAAGGGAAGUUGACCCAUUUGGAAACUACAGCUCGCCUUGCUAUAAGGGUACAGCCCUGCUCUAUAGAGUCAGCAGAGCUGAGCUGGAGUGGAGAGGAGACAAAGCUGUUCUGAAGGACGCAGAGCUUCUGGGAAACCCAGUUUGUAAACUGCCUCUGAGUUUACCAAAGAAAGUGAGGCUCAUUCAUCGGCCGAUUUCCACCAGAGUGAAGACAUGUGAGGAGGCAGAGCCUCUUUCUGACUCCCUUCUCCUCUGGCUAUCUGGGGAGCUGACUCAAGAGGAAACUGCACGGCUGGUAUCCUCCCUGCAUCUCAGUCGUAGUUCAGCCCAGCUGGCAAAGCUCCGCUUCAGGGACAGCCCAUCAGAUCAGGCCUUCCACAUUUUGGCCAUGUGGAGACGAGCUCUGCCUGCUGCCAAAUGCCACCCCAAGACCUCCCAGCUCGCCCAGAGCCUAACCAAAAUAGGCAGACCUGAUCUGGCCCAAGAGAUGAUGCUGAGUGAUGCAGAACUCUCUGACAUCAAAAGAAAGCAAAAUGAAUGAGCUUAAUGUAGUAAUUUGUUUUCUCCACAAGAGGGAAGCAUUACACAAUCAGAGAAUAUUGUCUUCUGGAAAAAGGGCUUUUUUUUAUUUGGGCAGAAGGAUUUACAGUAAAUGCAAUCUGGACAAGAGUAUUUUAAUCAAGAAGUUGUUACAUUGUAACUCACAGCAACUAACCAGGAUUGCCAGUUCCAUAAAAUAUAAAUAAGGAGCAUGUAUUGGCCAGGUGUUGUCUUCCACUCCUGUGACAUCUGUUUUUUUCUUUCAUAUGUUUUUUUGGUUGGAAAAUAACCAUCCAAACAUUUGAUAUGAAUCUCGAUUUAUUUAGAGGCAUAUUUUUGUAUAUAAAUAAAACUACACAUUUUUUCCCCUUUAUAAAUGGUGACCCCAGUCACCACAAUGAUAAGAACAGUAUGUUCUAUGGAAGCAAACUGUUCCAACAGCAAAGUUCCUGAAAGAACUUGCAAACAU